ACGGCAUCGUGCAGCCACAGUGGUAUCCGAGCUCGUGCACCAAUCCCACUGCAGAUAUCGGCCGGACUGACAGGCUGUAGCAACUCUGCACAGUAGGCACUGCCAAGCAACCACUUGGCCCACUUAACAAUCAAAGCCUCCCUCUGUCAGCUCACAAUGGCUAGUUCCAUCUUUCGCGGCUACCCAGUAUCUCUGCACAAAGCAUGUACCCCGCCGUCUUCUACGCUAUAUGUCACUUUGCAUCAGCGCUUCAAGUGACCAAGCCCAAUAGCAAGUCUGCCGUCAUUCAGAACCAACCCUUCAUCUUCAACUGGCAGACGAGUGCUUCCGAUGAUUACAAGUACUUUGUUGUGAGGUGGCGGACAGCUGAAGGCACAGACACGCAUCAACUUGACCUUCUUCUACGAACAAAAGGCAACCCCAACGGCCUUGGUAUCAGCAUGCACAGCUCAUUCCCGGAGGCUGAUCAGAACUACCAAUUCCUCAUCCAUUCUCAAGGCAACAAUGAAAGUGAAUCAGUCCUGGUCGCCGCUUCGCAGCCCUUUCGUGUUGUUCGCGACGAAAAAGCAGCACACUUGUUUACUGGAUUGACUUCUAGCGAGAUAGCGGCUUUUGUGCCGCCUGAUGUGGAGUUAGAGGAUGACAUGAACGAGAACCCAGCUUUAGUGGCAUGGGCAACAACAGCCUCCAGGGUAUUUGAUGAGGCACAGGAUGAAGACGUGCUACCGCCAAGCAGCACGAACUCAUCGCCAUCGCCAACACACACAGUGCGGCUUGUCGCCCAUCCUCUCAGACUCGGCAAGGUUCUGCUUGGCACGUCAAGUCAGGGGUCUGUGACCUGCUCAAUCAGCAGCGGACUCGCUUUGUCCGCUUUGCUGCUUCAAGCAACACUCUUUUUCUAUCAGGUUUAGCGACGCGUUUCUUUCGUCUUACACGAAUACAAUGCUUCUUCUUUUUCAUCAUCAGCGCGAUAGCGCGAAUGAGUGGCAGUGCAGUUGAGUCGUAACAAAUUUGCGACCCGAAGUCACCCAACCUCCACGCGAGCUGUGGAAUUCAGGAGAACUCGCCUUCAAGCCAGGCUGAAUACACGCCUUGC